AUGCCUCACCGUUCCCGUUGGACGGCCGUGGACCACGUUCCCGGCUCCGGUGCAGGCCGCAACUGGCUUCACGAGGAGGAGCGAGCACUGCUCCCGCAGAGUCGUCGUCAUCAUGUCUACACCGCUGUGCCGCCGGCCGAGGUCACCAAGGUAUGCCUCCGGCUGCGCCAUCUAAUCCGUGAAUGCGUGCCGUGCGAGAUGGAGGAAAGCCGUAUCACGACUCCGCACAGUAGAAUCAUCACGACAAAGGUCAUCCAGGCGGCCAAGGAGGCCGCCGUGGCGGAAUAUCGUGGCUGCGUCGUCUACUGCCUGCUCGUCAACCAGCGCUGGUUCCGCCUCGAGGCCCUCGUCGAGCUCUGGGAUGCCGAUCUUCAUAAGCUGCGGGCCCAGGCGUGCGGUGUCAUUGCCAAGGCCAUCAUCGAGACGGAGGAAGACAUGCCCUAUCUGCUCCACGCCGUGCUCCUCCGUCGAUAUUCCUUCCUCUCCAACGGAUCGCCGACACCGCCCGUCAACGUCAUCGAAAAGGCGGUCGACUUGCACGCCGUCCGAGUCAUCGGCUCCUCGGGCUAUCAGAAAUGCAUCGCCUACCUCUGGCGUGGCUGGCUCGUGCAGGACGAGAACGACCCGUCGGUGUUUGUCGACUACCACGACAAAGACAACACGAGCUUUCUCGUCCACAUGGACCCGGACCGAAUGAGGGCACCCAAGUAUCAAAACGCGGCCCAGAUGCUCUUCUCCAUCGUCUACUUGGGUCUCUACACGACGGCCAUCAACUCAGUCAACUCGAGCGGCGUGCUCGACGGGGCCGAAGUCCUCAUGUACAUCUUCACCCUCGGCUUCGUCUGCGACGAGGUCAUAAAGUUUUACAAGGCCGGCUAUCACAUCUUGGGCUUCUGGAACGCCUUCAACGGCCUCCUCUACUCGUUCCUGACGGCCUCGCUCAUCCUGCGCAUCAUCGGCCUGACGGCCCCGUUCGAGUCCGACAGGCGCAAGGAGUACAGCGCGCUCAGCUACAACAUGCUCUCCUUCGUGGCGCCCAUGUUCUGGUCGCGGCUGCUGCUCUACCUCGACAGCUUCAAGUUCUUCGGCGCCAUGCUCGUGGUGCUCAAGGUCAUGAUGAAGGAGUCGGUCAUCUUCUUCGCCCUCCUCGUCAUCAUCAUCAUCGGCUUCCUUCAGGCCUUCAUCGGCCUCGACCUGACGGACGACAACGUCCCCGGCGACGCCUUGUUCAUCGUCGAAUCCAUGCUCAAGGCGAUGCUCGGGAGCCCCGAGUUCGACGGCUUCGAGGGCUUCGGGCCGCCGUGGGGCAUCAUCCUCUACUACUGCUUCACCUUUGUCAUCAUGAUUGUCCUCCUCAACAUCCUCAUCGCCCUCUACAACUCGGCGUACGAGGAUAUUUACGAAAACGCCGACGACGAAUACCUCGCCCUGUUCUCGCAGAAGACGAUGCAGUUCGUGCGAGCUCCCGACGAGAACGUGUACAUUGCGCCUCUCAACCUCAUCGAGAUCAUCAUCUGCGCCCUGUUCGAGUGGUGGAUGAAGAAGGAGACGUACGAGGCCAUCAACGAUUACGUCAUGGGCUUCCUGUACUCGCCGCUGCUCUUUGUCGCCGCCUUCUUCGAGCAGCGGGCGGCGCACCGGAUCCAACACAACCGCGCAAGGGGCGAGGAAGAUGACGAUGUGGUCGAGGAGUGGGAGCAGCUGGAGCACACGGUCGACUUCGAGGCCGACGGCUGGUCGAAGACGUGCGACGCCGUCAAGCCCAACCUGGAGGAAGACCCGGACGUGCUCGAGGUCAAGAAGCUGCGGGUGGAAGUGCAAGAGCUCAAGUCGAUGCUGGCGGAGAUUGGACGCGCCGUCGGCGCCGCCCAGCAAGCCAAGGCAGCAUCCCAGGUCGCCGUCGCGACACCCAGCCGAGACGCGGGAGCGCAGAAUGACGACGGCCAUUCAGCGUCGCAAAGCGAAAGCACAUAA